ACUCAUGUAUUAUGGGUUGUUGAUACUAAAUCGUAUAAAAGAGGUUUUGGCCAUCGAAACAUCAUCAGUGUGACUUUAGUGUUUUAUUCAUUUACACAAACGUAUUUUCUUUCGUAACUCAGGAUUAUUAAAAAUAAAUAAAUAAACAUGAAGUAUUUCGUAGCAGUUCUAUUGUUUGCUGCUUUGGCACAAGCAUCCCCAAUCGAAUACGGUCAUUAUGCUGCUCCCGCUCUAGUUCACGCACCAGUUUAUCAUGCACCAAUUGCCAAACACGUUGUUGAACCAAUUGCCUAUCCAAAAUACUCGUUCAACUAUGGCAUCAAGGAUCCACACACCGGUGACAUUAAAUCCCAAGCCGAAGAACGUGACGGUGAUGUUGUUAAAGGACAAUACUCUUUGGUCGAACCAGACGGUUCCGUACGAACUGUUGACUACACAGCCGAUGAUCACAACGGAUUCAACGCUGUUGUACACAAAUCGGCACCCACUCACCACGUAGCUCCUAAAGUAAUUGCCGCACCACUUCACUAUGCACCAGCGCCCAUUCUCAGUCACUAUCACUAAAUUCGCUGUAAACGAACGUUUAUAAGAGAAAUAUUCAUUCAAACCAUAAAUAAUGUGCACGCCGACCCAUUCAACUCGUAAUUUUCAUUUUGAAAGAUUUUUAUUUUAAUAUUAAUCGUACUCUUCUUAAACCCACCAAAAACACACACACACACCCUACUUUCAAUACUAUUCACUGCUAUCACCUUCUAUUUCUCCUCAUUUCACUUUUUUCUUUAAAGCACGCAGACCGUUCUUUUCUUUGCAUUUUGUUGUGUAAUACAAUCAAUAAAAAAACAAGUAUAUUAUGGUGACUGCUUGGUAUGUAAUAAUUUCUUGUAUAUAGCGUUACCUGGCCGCGAAUAGUGCAAACGUUACCUUUUCUCUCAUAAGUUAUAGUAGACUCUAAGAUCUUUAAACCAAAUUACACUGUUACUUAUUCUCAGCCAACAUUCAUACUUCUUUCACCAUUGAGAAUAUUCGCAAGAUGUCGAGGGGGAAAAUGGUUUGUUGCUUUGGUGAAUUUAUACCAAUCGAUCUUUUGCUUCAUCGAAGAAAUCUGUUGUUGGUAAAUGAGCUAAGAACUUUUUUUUUAUUUUCAAU